UGAAGACACCGCGCUUCCGGGUCAGGCGCGAGCGCGAGGUUCGGCGGGAGAGCCGGAAGUUUCGCAAAGCUACGAAACAAACGAGCAAUAAAUACAUUAAUUAAUUUAAAUAUAUAAAAUAUACAUAUCACAAAAACAGGAAUAUGGCUAAAUCUAGAGUUAAAUAGGAUUGAAGGUCGCUUUCAAAGCGUUUUGGAGGAAAGGAGAAAAAACCGGAAGUUCCUCACAGUCUCGCCGAUUAGCUUAGCUUAGCUUAAGAGGGGAAGGAGAGGGGGGUGAAAAAAGGACGGAACCAGUCACAGACUUUAAAAUAAAUUAAACAUAUAGAAAGAUUUCAUUUGAUUUAGCCGAAUACGGAUUUUGUUCUUUUUUCUACAUCCGGGUUUUUUUCCCCCUAGUCAGAAAAGUUACAUAUUCACAUAGACGCGAACGCGCACGCACGGACGCGGGCGCGCGCUUUGGCACGCACCGACCUGCAGGCCUGCAUGAGGAAAGAAACGGAACCAUAGUGUUAUUAUUUUUAUUUUUAUAGUAAUUUAUAACUGGGGAAAAUGUCGGCUCAGGCGCAGAUGCGGGCCAUGCUGGACCAGCUGAUGGGGACAAGCCGAGACGGAGACUCGAUGCGACAGAGGAUCAAGUUCACGGAUGAAAGAGUGUGUAAAAGCCAUCUGCUGGAAUCCUGCCCUCACGACAUCUUAUCCGGGACGCGUAUGGACCUGGGCGAGUGUUUAAAAGUGCAUGACCUGGCCCUGAGGGCAGACUACGAGAUCGCCUCCAAACACCAGGAGUACUUCUUCGAGCUGGACGCCGCCGAACACUUGCAGUCGUUUAUCGCCGACUGUGACCGGAGAACAGAACUCGCCAAGAAGCGCCUGGCCGAGACUCAGGAAGAGAUCAGCGCCGAGGUCGCCGCCAAGGCAGAGCGUGUGCAUGAACUCAAUGAGGAAAUUGGGAAGUUGUUGGCGCGAGCGGAGCAGUUGGGUGGAGAGGGGAACGUGGAGGAGGCUCAGCAGGUCCUGGAGAAGGUGGAGAAAACACGUGCUAUGAAACGAGAGGCAGAGGACAUAUACCGAAACUCCAUGCCAGCCUCCAGUUUCCAGCAGCAGAAGCUGAGGGUGUGUGAGGUUUGCUCCGCCUACCUUGGCCUCCAUGACAACGACCGUCGCCUCGCCGACCACUUUGGCGGGAAGCUGCACCUGGGCUUUAUCGAGAUCCGGGAGAAGUUGGAGAAACUCAGAAAAGCAGUGGUGGAGAAGCAGGAGCGGAUGCGCAUGAAACGGCGGGAGGAGAGAGAGCGAGAGGAGGAGAGACAGAAGGAGUGGGAGCUGGAGAGAGAGAGGGAGCGUGAACGUGAGCGAGAAAGAGAGCGGGAGAAGGAACGUGAGAGAGAGAGAGAGCGGGAGAGAGAGCGCAGGAGAUCCAGAUCCCGCAGUGGGGAAAGAUACAGGGACGGUGGAAGCUCGUCCUCCCAUCGCUCACGGCGACAUCGCUCCUCACACUCUAGAGAUCGAGAGCGGGAAAGAAAGCACAGACAUAAAGAGCGCCAUCGCUCUCGCUCCCACUCUCACCGGAGGAAAAAGAAGAGGUCGUCAUACACGAGAGAGAGAGAGCGCGAGCGCUCGGGGUCGCAGGAGAGAUUGAGGGAGUGCGGAGCGGAGGACAGGUGGAGGGACGACAGCCGGAGGGAUUUGGAGCGAGAGCCUGGAGAGAGGGAGCGAUCACCGUCGUCCCCGGAGUUGGGCAGACUGAGGGGGAGAGAGAGAUCCGUAUCGGUGGAGAGAGAGAACCGCUCCAGCUCAGAGGAGAGAGAGUCGGGAGAGAUAUAAACGCACAAGGAGAAAGAGAGAGAGAGAGAGAGAGAGAGAUAGAUAGAUGAUGGUUGCUUUCACAUGACUUGUCUGUGUUUUCUUAAUUUCUGUGUGUUCGCUGAUCUCUAGGUGACUGGAUGGGUUUGGCAGAGACACACCACCAUUUAUCAUUCAACAUCCCCCCCACACAUACAUACACACACACACACACACACACACACACACACACACACACACACACACCUGUGCUAUCUGGAUUAUUAGUUCAGCUUUGAGUUGCCGUCCCCCUAUUUUUUAUUAAAUGAAAUAAAUGUAAACACAAUCGGA